CUUUAAAGAUGUCUAUAGUUAACAUCUACAUUCACGACGAAAAUAUCUACAACGUCGAGAAGAAACCGCCCGAAAAACCUCCCAAACCUCCACUCUACCAUUCCCGCUUCGAGCACCAGGUCCGGCAGGAGACUAAAUCCUCCAAGGAUGCUCACCGUACGAUGGGUUUCUCGAAGAUUCCACUGCCCGGGCCGAACGAGUUUCUCAAGAAAAACUGUGGACCACGCUAUCGGGCCACUAAAUCUGCCCCGGUACGGCUCUGUACCAGCCACAAACCGCCCGUUCCGAAACCGAACGAAUCGCCCACGUGUCAGGUGCUGAAGGUGGUCGAUUUCAAAAAGGAAAACAUCAAAAAGGCUGUAGCGGCCAACCCGAAGAAGGCCCGGCCACGGUACGCCGAUACACGCAAGGGAGAUUUUCACGAUCUGGAAAGAUCGGGCCUGAUGCCGAUCUACAUGUGUCGGCCCAAGUUCGGCAAGGUGCCACAGUAUUUAAUGCGCAGGAAGAAGGAUCUGGCCGCACAAAAGGAACGUCUGAUAGAGGAUUGCUCACAGCAGAAGCCACGCUGUACGUACAUUUCGCAGGAGGAACGGGUCGAAUUGCUGAAGGGUUUGAAGAAAAAUUGGGAAAAAUUACAGCAAGAGUAUCAGAGCCUUCCGCUACUGACGGACACGGUACCGAAGAUGAUACGCAAGGCAAAGUUGGAAAAUAAUUUGAAACAACUGGAAAAGGAUAUUCUAACAAUCGAAAACAACCCAUACAUCUACCUGUACGACGAAGAGCACAAGGACGCAUAAUAACGAGCAAAAAAACGAUCUUCAGUGCUUGAGAACCGUGUGGCAUUAGAGUUGCUUUUCUAUCUCUGGUGGAAAAUUACUCCGUAUACUUAUCUUUUCUAUUGGAUACUAUUUUAGAAAUGUGUUCUACAAACCCCUCACUCACAGGAUAUGUGCACUUCUUGCGUGGCUGACCUUUUGGGCACGAUUAAAUAAAUUGUGUGUGUGAUUUUAUAGAA